GAGCCUCCAGCCGUCACCACCCUUUCCACCCGCCAUUACCCCACCUUUGCUUCCUCCGAUCUCCGGCGUCGCAGCUCUCCUUUCCGUCUAAGUCGCAUCCAUGGCUGCCGGCAACGACGAGAGCUACCGUGAAAUGAAGUCUUGCGUGUUGCUGCCGCCGAGUUCCGUUAGACUGCCAUGCGGUAGUCACCGCCACCUUCCCGCUGUACUCUCCUCCUUCUGCUCCGUUGUCCGUCGCCAACUCCGCUCCGAGUGGCGGACCAAUUUAUUCCGGCUAGAGUAUGCCGCCGUGUGUGCGUGUGAAGCUGUCACAAAUACUCUCUUCUCCAUGCUUUCUGGACGUCACGAAUCCCGAAUGCUACCGUCAACCGUCGUGUCGUCGCUUGGUUGCUGCCGCCAUCCUAGAUUCGUGCUAUCACCGCCAUGAGCCACCAGGUGUGGCUGGAUUUAUCUCGCAAACGGAGGUGUUUGAGUGUGUCUCCGUUAUUAUGGCGUGUUAUGUAUCGGGAAUCUGUCACCUAGCAGCUGGGGUUGAGACUGCGGGACUUCAGCAGUGUGGGAUUGUGUCUACGGGACUUCAGCAGUGUGAGGUACUUCGUGUUUAAAGGAAAGGAGCCGGCUUGAUCGCAGCGCAUCACACUAUGGUUUUCCGCACAUGAGAUCUUUGGGAUUACACUCUGAUGUUGUUUUAUGAUAAAGCGUUUGAUUAUUCCUACUUGGUUUUGACAUGACAUGGUAUUGCAUAUGUUUUUAUCACACUGUUGGUUUUAUAAUGACGUAUUUAAAACGAAA